UUUUGUUGUGCAACUGCCUAUUUAUUCCACUUCCGUGUUUGAGUUUCGUGUAAUUGAUCAUGUGACUGGGGCACCGUCUGUUGCAGGAAGUGGAUGAAGAUGGCGCUAACUGAAUCCGUGUUAGGAUGGUCUAUAUUCACUAUUGUACUGUUGGUUAUUUUAGCCUUCUGCUGGGUCUACAUCCGAAAUUACCAGAGCCACCAGGAGAGUGAAGUCAUCUCUACCAUUACAGCCAUAUGUGCUCUGGCCAUUGCACUCUUCACAUCAGCUCUUCUCCCAGUGGAUAUUUUUCUAGUGUCGUUCAUGAAGUAUCAGAAUGGUACAUACAAGGACUGGGCUACAAGUAAUGAAACAAGGAGGCAAAUUGAAGACACAGUCCUAUAUGGCUACUACACUCUGUACUCCAUCAUCCUCUUCAGCGUCUUCUUCUGGAUUCCAUUUGUUUACUUCUACUAUGAAGAGAAAGAUGAUGAUAACACCAACAAAUGUUUGCAAGCAAAAAAUGCAGUGAAGUACACAGUUGCAUUUGUCAUCAUCUGUGCUGCGCUUCUUUUGAUUGGGGCCUUUGUACCACUGGAGAAUCCACCAAUGCAGAACUCUACACAAUGGGACAAGCUUCAGUACCUGUUCAAAGAGCUGGGCAGCAGCAAUGGAUUGGUGGCACUGUCUUUCUCCAUCAGCUCUCUGACUUUGAUCGGCAUGCUGGCAGUGAUCACGUACACAGCAUACGGUAUGUCUGUGCUACCCUUGAAUCUGAUUAAAGGAACACGCAGUGUCCUCUAUGAACGCCUGGAGAACACAGAAGACAUGGAGGAGGUUGAGCAACAGAUUGAGAAGCUGAAAUCCAAGUGUGAGGAUGGAAGGCCACUCUCGAUGCGAGACAGAAGAAACCUACAGGAGCUGGAAGCUAAGCUUUUGUUGCUGCGCCGUCGUGGCCAUCACCUUGAGAAUGCUGAUAGGAAUUGCUGCACUAAAGUGGGUAGGGCCCUUCGUCCCUUUAAGAUUUUGCUUGGAGUUUUUUUUAUACUGGUGGCACUUCUUUUCUGCAUAUGCCUGUUCAUUUCCAAUCUGGACAAAGCCCUGCAUUCAUCUGGGAUGAGCACUGGCCUUAUUGUCUUUGGAACAAACCUAACAAACCCUUUAAAUGAGCUGCUGCUGGCAUUACAACCGGUUUUUCCUCUAGACUAUGUGUUGAUCACUAUUAUCACCAUGUACUUUGUAUUCACCUCCAUGGCAGGCAUUCGUAAUAUGGGCAUAUGGUUUUUCUGGAUAAGGUUGUACAAGAUCAGGCCUCAAAGAACUCGUCCACAGGCCUUGCUGUUCCUCUGUAUGAUCCUUCUCCUGAUUGUACUUCACACCAGUUACAUAAUCUACAGCCUUGCCCCACAGUAUGUCAUGUAUGGCAGUCAAAAGUACCUAUGGCAGGAAAACCAUACGUCUACUGCCACCACCAGAACAUGUGAUGCAGAUGCUCCAGAUGAUCAGUGCACAGUGACGAGAUCUUAUCUUUUCCUUCACAAGUUUUGGUUCUUCAGCACUAUAUACUACUUUGGCAACUGGGCAUUUCUUGCUGUGUUUCUCAUUGGUAUGAUGGUGUCCUGCUGCAGAGGGAAGAAGUCAGUGAUUGAGGGUGAAGUGGAAGCAGAUGACUCUGAUUGUAGCGAUGAUGAGUAUAUGCAUGAAUAAUGCAAAAGUGAUUAAACAUGUUAUGUAAUUGUUUCUUAAUUCUAUGAUGGUUUCUUUUGUAGGGUAUGGUAUCAUGCUAUAUAUUUAUGGAAAAAAAAAUAGCAUUGUCAGACACGAGAUGUUCAGCAUCUGAUUGAAAAACCUGUCAAAAAAAAAUCACUUGAGAUUAUUUGACAUUUAAAACUGAAUAAAUUAUGACAUUCACUGCAUUUUUUUAAAUAUAGAAACUAAGGAGAGUGAGGUUAUUUAACUUAAAGACUUUUGGCUAUAUUUUCUUACUUGUAAUAAAGUAUUUGCAUGGGAAUAAACAUAAACAAAGGAAUGAAUUAAUGAAUGACCAUGAUUUGAUUUGGUAUUCACUUAUUAAAUGGAAAUAACUUGCUGCUAUGCCUACCAUACUUUUGUUCUUCUUACUGCCUGCUGAUGUAUCGAAUAUCCCAAUAUUAUGUCAAGCCUCAUGAGAAGUGUAUUUGCUGUUUGAAACUAUUUUCCUUUAUUGGAUAAAAUUAAAGAUUUGAGUAUUGUUAAAUGUGUUGUGUUGGCAAGACUAAUAAACUUAUUAUACCAGAAUACAAAACAUAGAAUAGUCAUAAACCAUGACCCGUAUAUUCAUAGUUUACUUCCAAUGAUGAGCCUUAGAUGUGUUGACUUUUUAUCAUGGCAACAAAGAAAAUAAAUGUUUGCAUUGUUUCAAAA